AAUGUUUUUUAAAGACUUUUAUUUUGACGUGCUGCCAGAACAAUAUAUGAACCGGAUGUCCACAGUGACAGGCGAAAGUGGAGAGGGAAGAGCAGCUAGCUGCAGUUACAAAGUUAAAAGUAUAGUUUAAUAUACAACCCAGACACGAUAAAAUAAAGCGAAAGAUUUCCGGAACAUGACAUCUAUCUCAGAAGACAGUGAUAAGGAGAAGGUGCGCUCUGUAUCAGUCGACUUGAACAAUGAUGCCUCUCUCGUCAUUGAUAUCCCUGAUGCCCUAUGUGAACGUGACAAAGUCAAAUUUACCGUCCACACCAAGACCACACUUAGUUCCUUUCAGAAUCCGGACUUUUCUGUGCCACGACAGCAUGAAGAUUUCAUCUGGCUUCAUGACACAAUUGUGGAGACUGAGGAAUAUGCUGGCCUCAUUAUCCCUCCUGCCCCACCAAAACCUGACUUUGAGGGUCCUCGGGAGAAGAUGCAUAAAUUGGGAGAGGGGGAAUCGAGCAUGACAAAAGAGGAAUAUGCCAAAAUGAAGCAGGAACUUGAGGCGGAAUAUCUUGCCGUUUUUAAGAAGACUGUGCAGGUUCAUGAAGUUUUUCUUCAGCGACUCUCCUCCCACCCCAUGUUCAGAAAGGACCGAAACUUCCAGAUAUUCCUGGAAUACGACCAGGAUCUCACCGUGAGGAGGAAAAAUGCCAAGGAAAUGUUUGGUGGGUUCUUUAAGAACAUGGUAAAGACUGCCGAUGAGGUCCUCAUAUCAGGGGUCAAGGAGGUUGAUGAGUUUUUUGAACAGGAGAAGAAUUUUCUGUUGGAUUAUUCCAGUAAAAUCAAAGAUGCCACCGCUAAGGCUGAGAAAAUGACGCGUUCUCACAAAAAUGUUGCUGAUGAUUAUAACCACAUUUCUGGGGCUCUGAACAACACUGCUGCAGACAACAAUACUGCCUUUAAAAAGCACUUGGAAAAAUGUGCUGAAGUGUUUGAAAAGCUUAGAAAAGUGGAGGACAGGGUGGCAUCGGAUCAAGAACUCAAGCUGACAGAGUUGUUGAGAUACUACACAAGGGACAUCCAGGCUGCUAAGGACCUGUUGUAUAGACGUGCACGGGCACUUGCCGAUUAUGAGAAUUCCAACAAAGCUCUUGACAAGGCUCGUCUGAAGGGUAAAGACAUCGCACAGGCUGAGGAGAACCAGAAGCAGUGUCUGCAGAAGUUUGACAAGCUCUCCGAGUCUGGCAAGAAAGAGCUCACCAGCUUCAAGGCAAGGCGUGUAGUAGCCUUCCGUAAGAACUUGAUUGAGAUGACCGAACUGGAAAUAAAACAUGCCAAGAACAGCAUGUCCCUUCUGCAGGGAAGCAUUGAGAUCCUCAAUAGCAACUGACCCCACGAUGAGGCCACUGGGUCAUCUUGAGCUACUUGCAUUGUUACCGGCCCAUUAGAGGGGAACCUGAAUGCAUCUACUUCAAAUGCCUUACAUGUGGUUCAUUAACCUUUCUAAAACAUGAACACGAACCACCACCACCAGCAAUGUCUCUAUCAUGGUUACACUUUAUCUAGUUGUUUUUGUUUUUGUCUCUCAUGCCCCUUUUUUUCUGCUCGUAUCUUGCCACCGAACUGAGGGCAGUGAACCUGACAUCAACCAAAAGCUCUUUCAUUUAUUUGAAUUAUCAAUAACACAAUGUCUGUGUUAGCAUCCCUUUCUUUUUUUAUUAUUUCAGUAUUCCAGGUUUUUUGAGAUGAGAUGAUAUGUUUUAGCUAAGAUUAUGCAGACAAAUUUAAAUAACCACAUUGACAGAAGAAGAAAAAGUGCAUAAUUUCAGCAAUUUUUCUGUUGUUUUGAUUUAUGACUGCAAUUUUUUACCUUUAAAUGUGAUUUAUCUGCUUUUUCCUGUCACAUUGGAAAGCUGAUGCAUAUGUUUACAUUAACUGGACGUGUGACUACAAACAGAGCAGUAUAAACCUGAGAAGUGUUAUGUGACAUGGAAUCUUUCUUUAUAACGUGUUUCUACUCAGUCAAGAUUCAUCGGAAGACACGACCCAACAUGUCACAGAUUACUAGAUAAAAAUGUUGCUUGCAUUUUAGCAGGGAAAUGUUGACAAUAAUUUACGAUCAAAUUCUAUGUCAAAUUAGCCUUUUCCAGGAUGAAAAACUACACUUUUUGUAUUGAAUCUGAUUGUUUUUACUUUAAACUGUAGACUGACUCUAAUGUCCCCAUUUGGUGUUUGUGGGUGGAUUGCACAACUCUCAAUUUUCAGUUACUAUUAGUUGUUUGUGGAAUCCAGUGGUAAAGGUUACACAACCAUGAAUAAGAUGGUGCUUCCAUAUACGUGUAAGAAACUAUUUCCCUCAAGUUAGCUUCAUGUUUUCCCUGAACUCAUCCUUUUCUGAACACUUAAGUCGAAUUCUCCAGUCUGUGAAACUGUGAAAAAUGCCACCGGUUUAAGUUUUAGUUAAUGUUGUUUGAUAGUUUGCCUUCACAUCCUUUCACUAAAUAUAAAUCAGCAUAUUCAAAUGUAUUGUUUUACUGGACUAAAUGUUUUCUCUUGAUGUUGUUACUAACAGUUUAAGACUUCCUACAUUUAAACUGGACCAAAAAGUUAGUUUUUUUUUUUGUAAAACUACAAAAGAUGUAACUGUAUUGCUUAUGGAGAUUGUUUUUUAAAAGCACUAUUACAAUCAUGUCUCAGUGAAGACACAUUUUAUAAAUGGUUGUAUGGAUGGAAAAAGUUUUUUCAUACGGAGUAUCAUCAUUUUUAUGAAAGCUUGCAAUAAUGAAAAUAAACAUGCCCUGUUUUCCCAUUUUAA